AUGGAAAGUACCAUCAAUCCACCUGAUUUACCACCUCCCCGUUCAUCUACUUUAUCUUCACGACCAAUUAAUCCUGCACCUCUUCCACCUAAACCAUAUCAUUUACCACCUAAACCAGAUUCCCCUCGUUCAAAAAUUUCUUCUACUCAUAUUUCUCAACAACAAUCAGUUGAUAAUCCUCGUCCUACAACUGCCCCUCCUGUUCCUCAAAAACCUAAAGCCAAACCACCUCCCCCAAAAACUAAUGUACUUUCUUCUUCAAAAAGUUCAGAUUGUUCACAACCAUCUUCUACUACAAUUUCAUCUUCAUCAAAUGUACCACCACCUCCUCCUCCAAAACCAUCAAAUACUAAUCACUCUCGUUCUUCUGGUUGGUCAAAUACUAGACCUUCUGAAAAUUUCUCUAAACAACUUUUUGAAACAACAAGAACAUCACAAUCAAAACAUGGAUCACAUAAUCCUAAUAUUCAUCAACAAAAUGUUGAUUUAUCACCACCAAUUACGAGUAAAACUAAACAAGAUAAGAAUAAUGAUACUACACAACAUUCAGAUUCAUUAGGGUCAAUCAAAGAAACAACUCAUUGUAAAGAUGAAACUCCUUCAAAAGAAAAGAAAAAGAAGUUUUCAAUAUUUAAAAAGAAAGAUAAAAACAAAGAAGGUGAUUUUGUUAUUAGUGAACCAACUGAAUUUAAUAAAGUUAUUAAUAUAACAAUUGAAAAUCAAACGAAUCCUUUGAUUAGGUUUGAUGGUAAAGCUGAAAAAGCAAUAAUUCCAUUAUCACCACCAAUUACAAUGUUAAAUAAAAGAGAUAUUACAUCAUCUGAAGAAUAUUUUAAAUUGAUUGAUGAAAUGAAUACAAUGCAAUUAUUAUUUGAUGAAUGGAGUAGUCCAGUUGUACCAAUAGAAAAAUGGGAAAUGAAAUAUCCAAAUAGAUGGGAACAACAAAGUCUUAUUUUUGCUAAAACAAUUGAAGAUGGAUAUUGUAUUGAAAUAGGAAAAGGAGCAUGUACACAAAAUACAGAUCUUAAAGAAUAUCAUAUAGUUGAUAUUACAUCUGAUUUCCAAUUCUUUGAACGAUAUAUUAGUGGAAAUCCUUCUGCUGAACAUUAUAUAUUAACUGAAGAACCUACAGCAAUGAGUAUUAUACCAGGAAAUAAUGGAGGAUUUAGAAGAGCAAUUGUAAUGAGUAAGAAAGGUAAUAUACGAUGUUUAUUACCAAAUGAAUUAAUUAGAAUAAAAGAAUUUCAACCAGCAUUUCCAGAUUUAACACGAGGAGAAUUUUAUAAAGUUACUGAUAAAAUGAAAUUUGAAAAUGAAAUUGUUAGAUUUGAACGAAUGUCAGCAAUUACACAUUAUAAAUUCGGAGUAUUAUAUUGUAAAGCACAUCAAACAGAUGAAGAUGAAAUGUUUGGAAAUACUGAUGGUUGUCCUGCUUUUUAUAAAUUCUUAGAUUUACUUGGAACAAAAAUUGAAUUACAAGGAUUUGAUAAAUAUCGAGGAGGAUUAGAUGUUAAAAGUGGUUCAACAGGAAUUUAUAGUUAUUUUACACAACAUUUAUGUUAUGAAAUUAUGUUUCAUGUCUCUACUUUAUUACCAGAACAACCUGGAGAUCUUCAAAGAGUAGAAAAGAAAAGACAUAUUGGAAAUGAUGUUGUUGUUAUUAUAUUCAAAGAACAAAGUAAUGAUUGGAAAGAUCAAUUUGAUCCUAAAUGGUUAACUUCACAAUUUAAUCAUAUAUUUAUUAUUGUACAACCAGAUGUUAAUACAGAAGAUAAUAAUGGUUAUUCUAUUACUGUUGGAUGUAAAGACUCCGUUAAUCCAUUCCCUCCUUUUAUGAAAACAAAUCAUUUUAUGCAUGACCCAUCUACUAGAGAAUUCAUUUUAACAAAAGCUGUCAAUGGUGAAAGAACUGCAAUGUUUUCUACAGCAUUUAAAGGAAAUGCAACCAAAACAAGAAGAGAGCAUUUGCGAAUGCUUUUUUCUCAAUUAAAAUAA